AUCACUGUUGUCAUGGAAAUGUACCUUAAGUCGGCUUCAAGCUAAACGUUUGCAUUUUGUAUUGAAAAUUUUGUAGCUCAAAAAGUGAGGCAUUGUAAUUAAUAAUUAAGCUUUUUUAUAAUAAAUAUUAAAAAAAGAACAAGAAAAAAGUGUACCUCAAUAAAUUAUAUAUUAAAUUCAAUCAUGUCGAGCACAUCACAAAAGCAUAAAAAUUUUGUAGCCGAGCCUAUGGGCAACAAAUCUGUAACUGAGCUUGCCGGUGUUGGAGAAGUUUUAGGUAAAAGGUUAGAAGCUGCCGGUUUUGAUAAGGCAAGUGUGGUACUUGGACAGUUUUUAGUUUUAAAAAAGAACGAAGAACUUUUUCAAGAAUGGAUGAAGGACGUAUGUUCUGCAAAUGCAAAACAGUCACAUGAUUGUUAUCAAUGUUUAACUGAUUGGUGUGAUGAAUUUCUAUAAUCAGAUAUAAAGUUUAAGAAGCAAACAAGAAGAACAGAUAUAAGAAAUCUAUUUAAUAUAACAAUUUUUCAUUUAAAUGAUUUUUAUCUGUAAACACUGUUUUUAUUUUAAAUUUAGACGAUAAUGACGUUUUAUGUGGUAAACUGGUUUACACAAGAAAAACUAAUUUUUUUUUUUAAUGUAACAAAAACAAAUCUAUAUUUUAAUUGAGAAUAAGAUAUCAAUAUCUUAGUCAAAAUAUUAAAAUAGAUUUUAAUACAAAGAUUUGGUGAAUUUUUAACUGUCAAUAAAUGUAAACACUAUUUUUAUUUUUAAAUUUAAACGAUACUGUAUGGUGUUGUGGUAAACUAGUUUUCAACAAAAAUUAAUUUUUAAAUAUGUCAAAAACAAUCUUAGUCGAAUCUAUAUUUCAGUUAAGACAAAAUUAUAAUAGAUUGUAUACAAAGGUUUAGAGGACAAAUUGAAAAGAAUAAAUAAUAUUUUGUAAAAUAAAAAUUAGAUAAAUAUUUCAAA